ACUUUCCGCCGCGGGGAAGGGGCGGGGUCCCGGAGCGCAAGGUGCGGAGGCGGCUGGGAGGGGAGGGGCGCUUCCCGUCGCCGCUCGGCGCUGGGGCGUACAGCCAGGCGAGCGGGGCGGCCGCGCUGGGCCGGCCAGGGCCUGGCGGGACUCGGGCCGCGGUGCGGCGCCAUGCGGGGGGCCCGGGCCGCCCCCUUCCGGCCGCGGCCGAAGCUGGUGCUGCUGCCUCUGCUGUUGCUGCUGGGCCACCGGACUCGGUCCCAGGACAGCCCUGGGCCACUGCAGUGCUAUGGAGUUGGACCCUUGGGCGACCUGAACUGCUCGUGGGAAGCUCUUGGGGACCUGGGAGCCCCCUCCACGCUGCACCUCCAGAGCCAGAAGUACCAUUCCAACAGAACGUGGACUGUGGCAGUGCCCACCGGACAGAGCUGGGUGACCGUCCUCCGGGAACAGCUUACCAUGUCUGAUGAACUGCUUGUCUGGGGUACCAAGGCAGGCCAGACUCUCUGGCCCCCAGUCUUCGUGAACCUGGAAACCCGAAUGAAGCCAGAUGCCCCCCGGCUGUACCCUGACGUGGACUUUUCAGAGGAUGAGCCCCUGGAGGCCACUGUCCAUUGGGCCCCGCCUGUGUGGCCACCCCAUAAGGUCUUGGUCUGCCAGUUCUACUAUCAAAGAUGCCAGGGGACAGCCUGGACCCUGCUGGAACCAGAAGUGAAGUCCAUGCCCCUGACCCCUGUUGAGAUCCAGGACCUGGAGCUGGCCACUGGCUAUGAGGUGCGUGGCCGCUGCCGAAUGGAGAAAGAAGAGGAUCUGUGGAGCGAGUGGAGCCCCAUUUUGUCCUUCCAGACACUGCCCUCUGCUCCAAAAGAUAUAUGGAUAUCUGGGAACCUCUGUGGGACACCAGGCAGACAGGAACCCCUGCUUCUAUGGAAGGAGCAGGGGCACUGCGUGCAGAUGAGCUAUAAAGUCUGGUUCCAGGCUGAAGACCAGGAGCUGAUCCAGAAGACGGCUCCCUGCUGCAGCUCCUCCAUCCCCACCCAGGCAGAGUGGGUCAGGGUGUCUGCCGUCAAUGCCACGAGCUGGGAGCCUCUCACCAACCUUUCUUUGGCCUGCUUGGGUCCCGAUGUCGCCCCCCACGGCGUGGUGGUCAGCCACAUUGCCGGCAGCACAGAGCUGCUGGUGACUUGGCAGCAGGGGUCUGGGGAGUUGCAGGAGCACGUGGUGGACUGGGCUCGAGACGGGGAUCCCCUGGAGGACCUCAACUGGAUCCGGCUUCCCCGUGAGAGCCUCAGCGCUCUGUUGCCAGGGAAUUUUGAAGGAGGGGUCCCCUACCGAAUCACAGUGACAGCAGUGUCUCCUUGGGGCUUGGCCCCUGCCCCCCCAGUCUGGAGGUUCAGAGAGGAACUGGCACCCCUAGCUGGGCCAGUGCUUUGGCGACUCCAGGAUGCCCCCCCAGGGACCCCCGCCAUAGCGUGGGGAGAGGUCCCAAGGCACCAACUCCGGGGCCAUCUCACCCACUAUACCGUGUGUGUACAGAGCGGGACCAGGCCUUCUGUCUGCAUGAAUGUGAGUGGCAGCACCCAGAACAUCACCCUGCCCGACCUUCCCUGGGGUCCUUGUGAGCUGUGGGUGACCGCAUCCACCAUCGCAGGACAGGGGCCAGCUGGUCCCAGCCUCCGGCUUCACCUACCAGAUAACACCCUGAAGUGGAAAGUUCUGCCGGGUGUCUUUCUGCUGUGGGGCUUGCUCCUGACGGGCUGUGGUGUGAGCCUGGCCACCUCUGGAAGGUGCCUCCAUCUUCGGCACAAGGUACUGCCCCGCUGGGUCUGGGAGAAGGUUCCAGAUCCGGCCAACAGCAGUUGUGGCCGGCCCCACAUGGAGGAGGUGCCGCAGGCUCAGCCCCCCGGGGACUUCCCCAUCCUGAAAGUGGAGGAGAUGGAGCCACUACCAGUUCCGGAGCCCCCCCGGCCCCCCCCCCCAGCUGGACUCUGGCUAUGAGAAACACUUCCUGCCCACCCCCGAGGAGCUGGGCCUUCUGGGCCCUCCCCCAGGUCCCAAG